AAAGGGAAAUAUGACAUCCAAUGUUUCUUUCAGUCACUGAAGAUCUCGUUAGAAGACGUGCAGAGCAUAACAACUGUGAAAUUUUUUCACUGGAAGAAAUCUCUUUGCAUCAGCAGGAAAUAGAAAAGCUAGAGCAUCUUGACAAAUGGUGUCGAGAUUUAAAAAUUCUCUAUCUUCAGAAUAACCUAAUUCCCAAAAUUGAAAAUGUGAGCAAACUAAAGAAGCUGGAAUAUUUAAAUGUAGCUUUGAACAACAUUGAAAGAAUUGAAAAUCUGGAAGGCUGUGAAGAAUUGAAGAAACUUGACCUGACAGCAAAUUUCAUUGGUGAACUCUCCAGCAUUGAAUCACUAAAAUGCAAUAUUCAUCUGAAGGAGUUGUUUUUAAUGGGUAACCCAUGUACUGAAUUUGAAGGUUAUAGACAAUUUGUAGUGGCAACUCUUCAGCAAUUAAAAUAUUUGGAUAGUAAAGAAAUAGAACGUUCAGAGAGGAUUAAAGCCCUUCAAGACUAUCCAGAAGUGCAAUGGAAAAUCAGAGAACAGGAAGCAGCUUACCUUCUCAAAAGGGCCAGAGAAAAGGAAGAGGCUCAAAGAAGGAUGCAAGAAAAAAAGGAUGAGAAACAGAAACAAAUGGACUCUAAGCCUGGAUGUGACAGCCCAGACUCCCCACAGGAAAAACCCAAUCAGGCAGAAGCAGAUGGAGAGCAAGAAAGAUGCGGAACUGUUGAAAAUGAUGAUGAUGAUGAAGACAGAAAAUUUUGGGAGGAGCCUACACCAUACACUCCAGAAUCUAGAUUAGAAACUCACAGAUACAUGGAAGAAAAAAGGAGAGCUAAAGACAACGCAAGGGAAUCAAAAAAGAGAGAGAAGACUGCUUGGACAUUGGUCACUGCAGAAGGAAAAGUUCUGAAUGUGAAUGUGCCUAAGCUUCAUUUCUCUCUGAAAGAUGAUGAAGAAAACAACCAGAUCAUCUUGGAUCUUGCUGUUUACAGACAUUUGGACACUUCUUUACUUGAUGUUGAUGUGCAGCCAACUUACGUACGAGUACUGGUGAAGGGAAAGCCUUUUCAGCUUGUGCUCCCUGAGGAAGUGAAGCCAGACAGCAGCUGUGCUAAAAGAUCACAAACAACUGGCCAUUUAGUUGUCACCAUGCCAAAGGCUAAAGAAAUAAUACUGGCUAAGCAAAACGUUUCAGCUUCAAUUAAACAUUCUGACUGCAAUACACAGCAAAAAGCCACAAGAAGGAGUGGACAAGUUGAGAAGUUGGAAGUGGAUCCUAGCAAAUAUUCAUUCCCUGAUGUGACAAAGAUAGUCCAAGAAAAGGAACGAACUGGACAGGGACCUAUAAAGCUCCAACCACAGAAGGUUACUGAGGCUAAGAAGAGCUCCUAUGAUUUUGAAAAUAAUGAAGAUGUUCCUCCCUUAAUUUGAAACAUUGUAAAAUAUCCCCUCUAUAAGUAAUGAGAAUGUUUGUGUUGAAUUCAUGACCCCAUGUAUAAAUAAAAUAGAGCUGAAGUUGGGAAUAACAUUACAUUUCCUAUCAGUAACUUUUUUAUGCUGGUGUUUUCUGCUAGUUAGUUUUCUGUUAGUAUAUUGCUAUAUAAAUUGUUUUUUCUAGAUUGUUUACUUAGUAGCUCUGAAAUUAGAAUUGGGCCUUAUAUCAGAGAUUGUAAUUUCUUCAAACAAUUUACUGUCUGUGUUGAGAGAUGACCCAAUACUGUAGAAAAAGAGAAAAGGAAUGAAUAAAGCACUUGUAACAAGAGUUAGGAUUUUUCUCAUUAAACUAAGGAUAAGAAAAA